AUGACCGGGGGCUACAAGACCAAUAACUGGAAGCGUUAUGUGUUUAUCACGCUUCCUGUUUUGUUUAGUAUUGUACUACUCCUAAGGUUUAUUAGCCAGUCAAAAUCGAAGGACCUGCAAAAGAUGUUGCAAAGCUUACCAAAAGACUUAUUUAAACAGUCUGAAGUGACUCGUACAAAUGAGGAGAUUAUCGAUAAAUUUGAACUGCUCUCGGAACAGUUGUUGAAGAAACAAGAUGAACAAAUUAAAAGAUUAGAUAGAGAGCGUAAAAUGCUCGAGAAAAAGGUAUCGGAGUUAAGACAGCCUGCAGAGCACUACACUCUUCGCGAGCGUUUAGCUGCAAGGUUUGAAUACGAGAUUACAGCCAAGUUUCCAUCUUAUAUCUGGCAGACCUGGCCUUUUUCAGACCUGGACGAGAGAAUGGAUUCCGAGCUUCAGGGUUUUGAACGAAAUUGGGCCGACAGGAAUCCAGGCUUUGUGCAUGAGAUUGCCAACGACGUCACAGCAAGCGCUUUGGUACACUACUUUUAUGCUUCAAUUCCAGAAGUGAUCGAGGCCUACGAAAACCUACCCAGUGCGAUUUUAAAGGUUGAUUUCUUUAAGUAUUUGAUUCUUUUGGCCCGUGGCGGUGUCUACGCAGAUAUUGACACCAAGCCGCACCAGCCAGUACCAAACUGGAUUCCAGAAAAUGUCGCACCUAAGGAAACUGGUCUUAUUAUCGGUAUUGAGCAUGAUGCCAAGAACGCAGACUGGAAAUCCAACUAUAUCAGAAGAUUGCAAUUCUGCACCUGGGUUAUUCAAGCCAAACCAGGACAUCCCAUCAUCCGUGAGUUCGUCGCAAGAAUUACAGAGGAAACCUUACGUAGAAUGAAAACCGGGGACUUGAAAGUCAAUCUCAGAAAUGACCUAAAUAUAAUGGGUUGGACAGGCUCCGGUGCAUGGACAGAUGUCAUUUUUACAUACCUCAACGACUAUGUGCAGAGCGGUAUUCUGACCAAAAUCACAUGGAAGGACUUUCAUCAUAUUUCUGUACCAAAGUUGGUUGGUGACAUUCUAGUGUUCCCACAGGACUCUUUCAACGCGCCAAUGUCGUUAGAAAAAUCUCCACCAGAAAAGAAAGCCCUACAGUUCGUUGCUCAUAAAUCCAUGAAAUCCUGGAAGAAACCACCGAACUGA